AUGGGUCCCUGCUCCUAUGCAAGUUGCAUCGGACAUUCCAUCACCCCUGUCCCAAAGGUCCCAUCAAUUCCAUUCUUCUCAAAUUCUGGGGCCUCUUCAUGCUGGGAUGUUGCCUUUCAUAGCCACCUUCCAGACUCAGCAAUCAGAAUAACUGAAGUGGACUGGCAACAAGAGAAGAACACGCAAAUGCACCACACUGAUGAGUACCCAGGCUCAGAGUUGGUGGUGAGGAGGGGACAGAGAUUCAACCUCAGCCUCAAAUUCAGCAGGGCCCUGGAGAGUGAGGAGACGCUGAUAUUCACAGUGGAGACAGGACCCCAGGCUUCUGAAGCCCUCCAGACCAAGUGUGUAUUUGAAGCCUUGGAGUCCAUACAAGGUACCUGGCGAGCCGUGGAGGAGACCAGGGAAGAGAGCUCUAUGGCUGUCACCAUCUCUGGUCCUCCUGAUGCCAUCAUUGGCCGCUACAAGCUGAGUGGAAGGGUCUCCUCCCGGGCCAAACACAACAACAAGAAAUUGGGCCACUUCGUUCUCCUCUUCAAUCCGUGGUGCUCAGAGGAUGAUGUCUACCUGGCUGAAGAGGAAGAACGGCAGGAGUACGUGCUGAAUGACAAUGGAAUCAUCUUCCGAGGAGUGGAGAAGCACAUCCGAGCCCAGGGCUGGAACUACGGGCAGUUUGAAGAGGACAUUCUGAACAUCUGUCUGUCCAUCCUGGACCGGAGCCCCAGCCACCAGGAAGACCCGGUCACGGACGUGUCCCAGAGAAACGACCCCGUCUACGUCUCCAGAGUGAUCAGCGCCAUGGUGAGGCCAGCUUGGGGAGCUCCUCCACUGAGGCCUCUCCUGGCAGUAAAUAGCAAUGAUGACAAAGGAGUGGUCCAGGGCCAGUGGCGGGGCAAGUACACCGGCGGAACCAACCCCCUACACUGGCGGGGCAGCGUGGCCAUCCUCUACAAAUGGUACAAGGGCAGGUUUAAGCCUGUGAAGUACGGUCAGUGCUGGGUCUUUGCUGGAGUCAUGUGCACAGUCUGCCAUUUUUUUAGUCUAAGGUGCUUAGGAAUUGCCACUCGGGUGGUCUCCAAUUUCAACUCAGCCCAUGACACAGACAAGAAUUUGAGUGUGGACAAGUAUGUGGACUCAUUUGGGAGGACCUUGGAAGAUAUAACUGAAGACAGCAUGUGGAAUUUCCAUGUCUGGAAUGAAAGCUGGUUUGCCCGGAGAGACCUUGGGUCCUCCUAUAAUGGCUGGCAGGUCCUGGAUGCUACCCCCCAAGAGGAGAGUGAAGGAGUGUUUCAGUGUGGACCAGCCUCAGUCACUGCCAUCCGAGAGGGCGAUGUGGACCUGGCCCACGACGGACCCUUUGUGUUUGCUGAAGUCAAUGCUGACUAUAUCACAUGGCUCCGGAACGAGGAUGACAGCCGAGAGAGGGUCUACUCAGAUACCAAGAAGAUUGGCAAAUGCAUCAGCACCAAGGCUGUGGGCAGCAACACCCGUGUGGACAUCACCAGCCAUUACAAGUACCCUGAAGGGUCCCGGAAGGAGAGGCAAGUAUACAGGAAAGCAGUAAGGAAGCUCUUUGGGGUGGAAGCCUCGGGGAGAAGAGACAGGAUCCGGAGGGCCAGUGGCCGAGGUUGGGCCUCCUGGAGGGAUGACGUCCUGGAGCCAGCCAAGAAGCCCAACAUCACUGGCAAGUUCAAGCUGCUGGAGCCCCCUGUCAUCGGCCAGGACAUCAAGCUGGCCAUCUGCCUCACCAACCUCACCUCCCGCCUCCAGAAGGUCAAGGUGAACCUGAGUGCAGCCACGAUCCUCUACACCCGGAGACCGGUGGCUGAGAUCCUUCACGAAUCCCACUCCAUUAAACUAGAGCCUGAAGAAGAGAAGAGGAUCCCAGUGGAGAUCUCUUACUCAGAGUACAAAGAGGACUUGACAGAUGACAAGAAGAUCCUGGUUGCUGCGAUGUGCCUGGUCUCUAAAGGAGAGAAGCUCCUGAUAGAGAAGGACAUCACCCUGGAAGACUUCAUUGCCAUUAAGAUACUGGGUCCUGCUGUAGUAGGUGAAACUCUUGCUGUGGAGGUCACAAUUGCCAACCCCCUGUCUGAGAGGGCAGAUGACUGCACACUGAUCAUGGAGGGCAGUGGGCUCCUCAGGGAGCAGCUCAACAUCGAUGUGCCAGCCCUGGAACCCCAAGAAAGGGCUAGAGUUCGGUUUGAGAUCGUACCAUACAAAAGUGGAAACAGGCAACUUCAGGUGGAUCUCAUCAGCACCCAGUUCCCCAACAUCAAAGGCUUCCUGAUCAUCCAUGUGGCCACAACGAAGUGACUGGACUAGUGAGGAUUUGGGGAAGCAGUGAUGGGGGACACAUAUCAUAAUCGGAUCACCUUCUAGUUCCCAAAACUAGCUUAUCUUGGAGGACCUGAGUGCUAAACCAAAUCAUGCCUCUACCUUAUUGUGUGGUCUCCUUAAAGAAAGGCGAUGGACUCAACAGCCUCCAGACACAUCCUGUAUAAUGAAAACAUUUUCAGACUUGGCCAAUUCA